AUGGCGAAUGAGAAACCAAAUGGUUUAGUUUACCUUCAUGGAGAUCUUGAACUCCAAAUCAUUGAGGCACGAUACUUGCCCAACAUGGAUCUUCACUUUGAAAGGAUUCGUCGUGUCUUUAACACAUUAAAUUUGUUCGACAAGCAUUGUUAUUCUCCUAAUAGUAGCCAUAGGCGUACACGUAACAAUAUAAUCACUAGUGACCCAUACGUAACUGUUUGCCUCGCCGGUGCUACGGUAGCGCGUACCCGUGUUAUUUCAAAUUCCCAAAAUCCUGUCUGGAGCGAGAAUUUUAAAAUUCCAUUGGCACAUCCAGUCUCUCAAAUUGAAUUUUAUGUAAAGGAUAACGAUGUUUUCGGAGCAGAUCUGAUCGGAAUCGCAAAAGUCUCUGCUGUUAAAAUUAAAAUAGGUGAGACGAUCAGCGGAUGGUUCCCCAUCAUUGGCUCGCCGAAACCAGAUUCUGCUGUUCGGUUGGAAAUGAGAUUUGUGCCGUGUGAGAAGAACCCUCUUUAUGCUAAUGGGGUUACGUCAACAGGAGUGGCAAAUUGUUAUUUUCCGGUGAGGACUGGUGGGCACGUCACUUUGUACCAGGACGCUCACGUGCAUGACAACAUGCCAGAAAUUGAGUUAGAAGACGGAGUUCUGUACCAGCAUGCACGAUGCUGGGAAGACAUAUGUCACUCAAUUUUGGAGGCUCACCACAUGAUUUACGUUAUUGGUUGGUCGAUUUUCCACAAAGUAAAGUUGGUGAGGGAUCAGUCGCCGACACUACCCAAUGGCGGGGAUCUCUGUCUCGGUGAUCUGUUAAAGUAUAAAUCACAAGAAGGUGUCAGGGUGCUAUUGUUGGUAUGGGAUGAUAGAACUUCUCACAGCAAAUUCUUCAUCAACACGACGGGAGUAAUGCAAACGCACGAUGAAGAAACUCGAAAAUUCUUUAGGCGCUCUUCAGUUUCGUGUGUGCUGGCGCCCCGUUAUGCUAGUAGUAAGCUUAGCAUUUUCAAGCAGCAGGUAUGCUGUGUUGUGGGCACAGUCUUUUCGCAUCAUCAAAAAUGUGUAAUUGUGGAUACACAAGCAUCCGGUAACAACAGAAAAAUAACUGCUUUUAUUGGAGGACUUGAUCUGUGUGAUGGUCGAUAUGACACACCUGAACAUAGACUUUUCAAGGGCUUGGGCACGGUCUUCGAGGGUGAUUACCACAAUCCCACAUUUUCAGGAGGAACCAAAGCCCCUAGGCAACCGUGGCAUGAUCUUCACUGCAAAAUUGAAGGGCCAGCAGCUUACGAUAUACUCAUAAACUUUGAGCAACGUUGGAGAAAAGCUACAAAAUGGUCUGAGAUUGGACAAAAAUUCAAGAGGGUGACUCGCUGGCACGAUGAUUCUCUGAUAAAACUGGAACGAAUCUCGUGGAUUUUAAACACGUCUGCAUCAGUUUCAACAAAUGAUACUUUAUGGGUCUCUAAGGACAACGAUCAGCAAAAUUGGAAUGUUCAGAUCUUCAGGUCUAUUGAUUCAGGAUCAUUGAAAGGAUUUCCUAAGGAUGUUCAUAAAGCUCACGCACAGAAUCUGGUAUGUGCCAAGAAUCUUGUGAUUGAGAAGAGUAUACAGACAGCUUACAUCCAAGCUAUCAGAUCUGCACAACACUUUAUAUAUAUCGAGAAUCAAUAUUUUAUUGGAUCAUCUUUUGUAUGGCCGAAUUACAAAGAAUCAGGUGCUGAUAAUCUAGUUCCCAUAGAACUUGCACUGAAGAUUGCCAGCAAGAUAAGGGCUAGGGAAAGAUUUGCAGUAUACAUAGUGAUUCCAAUGUGGCCUGAAGGAGAUCCUUCUUCGGCGCCUGUGCAAGAAAUUCUCUACUGGCAGGGGCAAACAAUGCAAAUGAUGUAUGAGAUCAUAGCACGAGAAAUAAAACACGUGGAACUUGAGAAUUGUAACCCUCAAGACUAUCUCAACUUCUAUUGUUUAGGCAACCGUGAGGAGUUGCCAUCAGAUCAAAAUUGUGUAUCAAGCAGCGGCGAAAUGGUCUCAGCAUCUCAAACAUGGCGAAGGUUUAUGAUAUAUGUACACGCGAAGGGAAUGGUAGUUGAUGACGAAUAUGUGUUACUAGGCUCUGCAAAUAUAAACCAGCGAUCAAUGGCGGGAUCGCGCGACACCGAGAUAGCAAUGGGAGCAUACCAAAACAACCAAACAUGGAGCCACAGGAAUAAAUACCCUCGUGGCCAGGUUUAUGGUUACAGGAUGUCGUUGUGGGCAGAGCACAUGGGAAAGAUAGAUGAUAUAUUCAAAGAACCCGAAAGCCUAGAAUGUGUGAAGAGAGUUAAUAUUAUAAGUGAAGAUAACUGGAAGAAAUAUACAGAAAAUUGUUUCACUCCCCUACAAGGACAUCUACUGAAGUACCCACUCUCCGUUGAUAACACUGGAAAAAUAAUCCCUUUGCCUGGUUUUGAUUCAUUCCCUGACGUUGGAGGUAAAAUUCUUGGUACACGAACCAAUCUUCCAGAUGUUCUAACAACAUAA